AUGACAAUACAAUAUCCAGUAACAAGAAGAGAUGACAGUGUCAGUGACACAUUCAAGUCUGCUGCUGGUCCAGCAAAGGUUGUCAAUGAUCCCUAUCGCUGGCUCGAGGAACCAUCAUCCGAUGAGACAAAGGCAUGGGUCGAACAACAGAACAAGGUCACAACAGAGUACUUGUCAAAGGAUGGUGAUUUGACAAAGAGACUUGAGAGUGAGUUGAUGGAGAGGAUCAACUUUGCAAAGUUUGGUUGGACAAGGAGAAGAGGAGACAGAUUGUUCUUUGAUAAGAACCCGGGUCUUGCCAACCAGUCGAUCAUUUACAUGGCCGACGCGAAUGACCCCUCCAAAGAGGCCGUCCUGCUCGAUCCCAACCAGUUCUCAACUGAUGGCACAUGGUCUCUGAGCAGCAUGUCCAUCUCGCGCUCGGGAAAGUUGGUCGCCUACGGUUACUCAAAGGGUGGCUCCGACUGGGUCACCUUGAAGGUGUUGCGCGUGCCCGAUGUCAUUGGAGGUCCGGUCGAGAUCCUCGAAGACACCAUCGAAUGGGUCAAGUUCUCUUAUCCAGAGUUUGAUGAGAAGGAGCAGGGCUUCCUCUAUGCUCGCUUCCCCGAGAACAAACAAUUGAGUGCCGAUGAGAAGGGUACAGAGACCGACAGCAAUAUCAACCAAAAGAUGUACUACCAUCGCAUUGGUGAGCAACAGAGUCAGGACACACUGGUCUACCAGUCCACCACCAAUCCCGAGUAUCUCUUUGGCGGCAACUUCACCAAUGACAACAAGUACCUCAUGGUUCACAUCUCCAAGGAUUGUAAUCCAGAGAGCAACCUAUCGAUCAUCACAAACUGGAACCAAGUGAUCUAUGACAAGACGGAGACUGAGUUCAAGGAGAUUAAGUUGAUCACCAACUUCAACGCGAGCUACAACUAUCUUCACAAUGUUGAUGGCAAGUUCUGGUUCCACACCAACUUGAACGCGCCAAUGAAUAGAGUGAUCACGAUCGAUCUACCGGCGAAAGAGGGCGAUGCAUUGAACAUCACAGAGGUGAUCAAAGAGCGUGAGUACCUGAAUCAGUACGCUCACUACACAAGCCAGAAGUUGUACGUAGUGUUCCUUCGUGAUGUUCAAGACGUUGUUGAGGUGUUUGAGCUCCAUGGCAAGCUGAUCAGACCACUCCCACUGCCAGCACCCGGAUGCAUUGGCAGUCUUGGAGGUCUACACGACUCGCCACACAUCUACUUCAGCUUUGAAUCAUUCACCUAUCCCAAGACAUCAUUCUACCUCAACACCAACGAUGAUGUGAUGUCUGUGUUCAGAGAGCCAAACAUAAAGAACUUUGUACCAACAGACUAUGAAUGCAAGCAAGAGUUCUAUCAAUCAAAGGAUGGCACAAAGAUACCAAUGUUCGUUGUACACAAGAAGAACUUUGUUGCUAAUGGACAGGCACCAGUCUUCCUCACUGCCUACGGAGGCUUUGAGUACCCCUACUCUCCAGCCUUCUCACUCAACCUUAUCUUCUUUGUCGACAAGUUCAACGGUGCCUUUGUCGUGGCCAACAUCAGAGGAGGAGGAGAGUAUGGAAAGAAGUGGCAUGAUGCUGGACGUCUUAAGAACAAACAGAACUCUUAUGAUGAUAUUGCAGCUGGAGUGGAAUACUUGUUUGAGAAGAAGUAUACGUCGGCGGAUAAGUUGACGAUCAAUGGUGGCUCGAAUGGUGGACUGAUGGUGGCCGCAUGUACCAAUCAGCGCCCUGAACUAUUUGGAUGCUGCAUUGCUGAUGUUGGCGUGUUUGACAUGCUCCGCUUCCAAAAGUUCACGAUCGGACGUCAUUGGGUCAGCGACUAUGGAUGCAGUGAUGAGCCCGAACAAUUCGACACGUUGAUCAAGUACUCCCCACUGCACAAUGUCAAUGCCAACAAGAAGUAUCCACACGUGCUGUUGGUCACUGGUGAUCAUGACGAUCGUGUCAUCCCUGCGCACUCCUACAAGUACAUCUCAGAGCUGCAGUAUCAACGUGGAAACAAGCCCGAUCAGACUGAUCCACUACUCAUCCUCGUGGAUGUUCAAGCUGGACAUGGAGCAGGCAAGCCACUCAGCAAGAGAGUGCAUGAGUUCUGUACCAAGCUUACCUUUAUCUCAAUUGCAACCAAGUCCAAACCAAACUAA